CGAUACCCUGGCUUGCGAUACGUUCAUAUAGAUUUGUUCUUCCAUGUUCGUUGAUGUUCGUUGCCGAAGCGAGUAAUCGUGUAGCGUCGUGAAUAAAUAAUAUAAAUAAUAAUGGCAGACGAGGAGUUUGAUGCAGACGAAGUCGCAGACGAUUUCGACGAUGUAGAUGAUGAUAUGGAAUUAGAGCCUCAAGAAGAUGAGGCUCUAAUUGAAAAUAUCGAAGUGAUAAAUGCGAAUGAAGCUAGUGGUGGCGUCCAAAGAUCAAAGAGGAUAACCACAAGAUACAUGACAAAGUAUGAAAGGGCAAGAGUGUUGGGCACAAGAGCACUACAGAUAGCGAUGUGUGCCCCUGUAAUGGUAGAACUGGAAGGCGAGACGGAUCCAUUGCAGAUUGCAAUGAAGGAAUUGAAGCAGAGAAAGAUUCCCAUAAUUAUACGCCGUUACCUGCCCGAUAAUAGUUAUGAAGAUUGGGGCAUUGAUGAAUUAAUUAUUAUAGAUCACUAAUUUCAGCAGUAUAUUAUUAUAAAACUAAAUUGUAUCUUGUAAUGUGCAUUUUAUUAAAGCUAAUUAUUUGUUUAUUUUCAUUUUUCUCUUAAAGUUAAAUCCAUAUAUAGUGCAUA